GUAAAACCGUAUUGGAUAAUAGAAGCAGAUAUAGAAGAAUAAGGAAUGAGGCGAGAAAACAGACAGAUCGUCGGUGUAUAUAUAUAGUUUUGUACUCACAGAGUGGGAGGGAGUUGAAGAUGAGGGGGAUAGCGAACUAUUCUCGGAGUUCGUUCGGUACGUUUCCCUCUCUUCCAAAUUCGGCGGCAGUAAACGUCAGUAAACCUUUGUAAAUUGCAACGAAUAGUUCAAAGAAUUACAACCUCAUACCGUUACGUUAUUUUUUAACUGGUGUAACGAAGUGUGUGUUCGAAUGUGUAUGUGCGAACCACAUUUUAGAAGAUAACUGAGCAAAAGUGAAUACAAGUGAAACGUAAUUUGCAGUUUCUUUUUUACUUGUAAAUAAGGAGCGAACCGGCCGAUAAAAUGUGCGAGAACGAUAAGUCAGUUGAAUGCGAGAACGCGGAGGAAGAGGACGACAUGUUCGAACAAAAUUUACUGGAGGAUGCAAAGUGGAAACUAAUUCAACAGAACACGUUCACGAGAUGGGCGAACGAGAAAUUGAAAGGGAUAAACAAACACAUCGGUGACUUGGAGUGCGACUUGUCGGAUGGCCUUAGAUUGAUAAAUUUGAUCGAGGUGCUCGCGCAGAAAAAACUACCAAAACACAAUCAGAGGCCGACCUUCAGGUCGCAAAAGUUGGAGAAUGUGUCCGUGGCUUUGAAGUUUCUGGACGACGAGGGUAUAAGGAUCGUUAAUAUCGAUUCGUCGGAUAUCGUGGACUCGAAGCUGAAAUUGAUACUCGGUUUAAUAUGGACGUUGAUUCUUCAUUACUCCAUCACGAUGCCAAUGUGGGAGGAGGAGAGCGAGGAGCCCGGGAAACAUGUCACGCCGAAGCAGAGAUUGAUGGGUUGGAUCCAGUCGAAGCUGCCGGAUCUACCGAUCUCCAACUUCACUUCCGAUUGGAACGACGGACGCGCUGUCGGGGCUCUCGUGGACGCUGUUGCGCCAGGUCUCUGCCCGGAUUGGCAAAAUUGGAAUCCAAACAAUGCCGUACGAAAUGCUUCCCAGGCGAUGGGACUUGCCGACGAUUGGUUGAACAUAUCACAGCUUAUCACGCCGGACGAGAUGGUGAAUCCAAACAUAGACGAAAUGUCCAUGAUGACGUACUUGUCUCAGUAUCCUAACGCGAAAUUGAAGCCGGGAGCACCUAUUCAAGCGCGUACAAAUCCAAACAACAUCUCGCCAUCCCGAGUGCGCGUUUAUGGGCCGGGUAUCGAGCCUGGCGUGGUCGCGGGCGCACCAGCUAACUUCACCGUGGAAACAUUUUCUGCUGGCAAGGGAAACGUUGACGUGAUCGUUGAAGACCCCGAGGGUCACAAAUUACAGGCCGACGUUAGGUUUAACAAGGACAAGAAUCUCUCCUAUUCUGUAUCCUAUACACCAAGACAUCCAGGGCCUCACAAGGUAAAGGUACUUUUCGCUGGAAGAGAAGUUCCAAAUAGCCCUUACACGGUGAACGUAGCCGCCCAGGCUGGUAACGCUAGCAAAGUUACAGCGAGCGGGCCAGGACUACAGCCGGAAGGCGUCACAGUUAACAAGCCCACGUUCUUCGACAUAUUCACAAAAGAUACCGGAGGCGGUGUUCCUGAAGUUAUCAUACUAGACCCCCAGGGUUCGAAGACAUCUGUACCUGUGAAGCUACGUCAAACGCUACCGGAUGUGUGGAGGUGCGAGUACACUUCUCCGUUCUCGGGGUUACAUUACAUACACGUGUUCUUCGCUCGAGAAUUGAUACCUGGUAGCCCCUACGGAGUUAAGGUAGCUCCGGUGUCCGAUGGGAAGAAGUACAAAGCUUACGGACGAGGACUUCUACCGAAUGGAGUUCGCGUCAAAGACAAUGCAGAUUUUAUUAUACAGAUGGCCGCCGACGAAGAUAUACCCUGCGUUAAGAUCAUCGCUCCCGGUGGCAUCAAUUGUCCUGUGGAGCUAACAAAAAUUGACUCGACAACGUACAAGUGUAACUACACACCCAUCAAGGAAGGACGACACGUGAUAAUGAUAACGAGCAGCGGGAAAAAGAUUUACAAGUCUCACUUCGAAGUGAACGUCGGUCCUUACAAGGAGUCGUCGACCAGAGCGUUUGGUUCCGGUCUUCAUACCGGAAUAGUCGAUCAUCUGGCGAAAUUCACGGUGACCACCAGCGGCGAGGCCGGUGGUCUUCAGUUUUCGAUCAGGGGCCCCUCGAAAGCCACCAUCAAUUGCCACGAUAAUGGCAACGACAGCAUAGACGUGUCUUAUUUGCCAACUGCUGUUGGACAAUACGCGAUCCAUAUACUCUGCGACGACGAGAACAUUCCGCAGUCGCCGUACAUCGCGAACAUUUUGCCCAAAGCUGACUUCGAUCCGGACAAGGUCGAGGUGUACGGGCCAGGAGUCCAAUCAGAGUCCAUUUCCACCGACAAACCAACAAACUUCACGAUAGAUGUACGAAAGGCUGGUCAGGCACCUUUGGAAGUCGCUGUUCAAGACGCCCUCGGAAGAGAUGUCCCCGUUCGAUUAAACGAUAAUCAAGAUGGAACUGUGCAAUGUCAAUAUACUCCAACGUGUGGACUGCAACACAUAAUCAUGGUAAAUUACGGCGGUGUAGCUACAAAGAAUUCUCCUUAUAGGAUGAAAGUAAAUGCGCCUUUAAAUCCCGCUAUGGUGUCCGCUUUCGGGCCCGGUCUCGAGGACGGUUUGAAAUCGAACACGCCCACGCACUUCAACAUCGAUUGUCGCGAGGCUGGCCCGGGUGAUCUUCGCGUGAACAUAGUCCACCCCAAGGGAAGGGAAGUUCUGAUGACGUUGACGAACAACGAAGAUGGCACGUACACGGUUGACUACGUGGCCCCCCAACCCGGGACAUACUUGGUAAAUUUGAACUACGGGGGGCUGAACGUACCCCAGUGCCCCAUAAAAGUAAACGUCCAACCACGUAUAGACAUAUCGAAGAUCAAAGUCGACGGCCUCGCGCGAACGGCUCCGGUGAACAGCUUGCAGCAGUUCCGCGUAAUAACACAGGACGCGGGGAAGGCAGCCGACUUGCAGGUGGCGAUAACGGCUCCCUCGGGAAACCGUGCAAAGGUCCACGCGGUCCCCACCCACGAAGGUUACCUGGUGAACUUCACGCCAACGGAGAUCGGGGAAUACCUAUUGGGGAUCAGUUUCGACGGGGAAUCGAUAUCGAAUCAACCGUAUCGUAUGACCUGCGUCCACGGUUCCGACCCUGAAAUGGUUCGAGCAUCCGGUCCGGGUCUCUCCCGUGGAAUAAUAAACAGACCAGCGGAAUUUGUGAUCGAUACUCGCGGAGCUGGCCAGGGUGGUCUGGGUGUCACCGUCGAAGGUCCCUGCGAAGCUGCCAUCAACUGUCGCGACAAUGGCGACGGAACAUGCUCCGUGGCGUAUCUGCCCACGGAGGUCGGCGAUUAUGGCAUCAAUAUCACCUUUAACGAGAAACAUAUCCCCGGAUCGCCCUUCCAGGCUAUCAUUCGAAAGGAAACGGACGUGUCGAAAGUCAAGGUCACCGGAAAUGGCAUUCAACCACACGGUCCAAGUCCGAAGCAACCAACAGAGUUCACGGUCGACGCUCGAGAAAUAGCAAAGUCUGAGAACGACGACGACAGGGUUUCCUGCGUGAUCAAGAAUCCCAGCGGCAGCAAAUUGGAGAAAGUGAUUAACCCUCAAGGAGAUGGAACCUAUUGCGUCAGUUACGUGCCGUUCGAAGAAGGGCCUCACACCAUAGAAGUAUUAUACGAUAACGUCCCUGUUCCCGGUUCACCGUUCUCGGUGAACGUUCAACGUUGGAACGAUCCGAGAAAGUGCAAGGCGUAUGGACCAGCCUUGCAGAAGGGAUACGUUGAUAAGAUCAACACGUUCACCAUAGAAACGAAAGAUGCUGGUAAUGGCGGUUUGGCUCUGUCCAUGGAAGGCGCCGGCCACGUGAAGCUGACGUGCAAGGAUAAUUACGACGGAUCGUGCAGCGUCGAAUACAUUCCAGUCGAGCCAGGCGACUACGAAAUCUCUAUCUUGUUCGCGGAGCAACACAUUCCCGGGUCACCUUUCCGAAUCAAAGUCGAAAACGAGGAGGCUAGCAAGGGUGCCGAGGCAGCGGGUGAAAAUGUGCCAGGGAAUCGUCAGAAACCGAAGAUUCCGUCCACCGUGGACCCGAGUAAAGUUAUUCUGUCAGGACCUGGUGUGUCGUCGGUUUGCACUGCUUCUUUCCCCGUUGAUUUCGUGGUGGACACUUCCAAAGCCGGCUACGGUGACCUGGAAGUUCAAGUUCUGGGUCCGGACCAAAUUCCCCGUAAAGUUGAGAUUCAAAAUCUUGGGGAUGGAAAGUACAAGGCAACGUAUCUACCUGAUGAUUGUGGUCGUUACAAGGUGAACGUGAAGUACGGGGGCAAAGAGGUGCCGAAUUGUCCUGUGAACGUUCAGAGCGUGUCCACCGGGCAAGCUGAAAAAUGUAAAAUUAAAGAAGGUAUUCAGCAUACUUUAGCUCAGGGGGAGAAGUAUUGCAUCACCGUGGACACCGAGAACGCGGGAUUUGGCGCGGUAACCUGUCGUAUACGUUCUACUUCCGGAAGUGAAGUUGUGGACAUCGACAUUGAGGAUAAUGGAGAUGGCACAGUCAAUAUUUAUUAUACCGUUGCGGAUGCUGGUGACUACACUCUUAGUAUCAAAUUUGGGGGCCAACCGGUACCAGAUGGAUUUUACACCUUCACGGCAUCUGAAGAAUAUCGAGAGCAGAGUACACAUAAAAUCCAGAGAGCCAAGAGGACCCAACAAAAAGAGGAACAGCACGUUAGCGAGCAGCACAGCAGCAGUGUACAAGAAAGCUCCGUACAGAAGAAGAAUUUCAACGAGAUCCGACUGAACAACAUCCCUCUACCAUCGUUGGGUGGCACCGUAACGUCCGAAGUAAAGAUGCCGAGCGGGAACGUGGACAAGCCAGUGAUCGAAGAUAAUCACGAUGGCACAGUGUCCAUCAGAUACGAUCCAAGGGAGGAGGGACAGCAUGAAAUUGCUGUUAAAUUUAACGGUGAACACGUUCAAGGUUCACCGUUCAAGUUCCACGUGGAUUCGUUGGCGAGCGGUUACGUGACGGCGUACGGGCCAGGGUUGAUUUACGGUGUAUGCGGGGAACCCAGGAACUUCACCAUCUCCACGAAAGGAGCUGGAGCAGGUGGUCUCUCGUUGGCAGUCGAGGGGCCCAGCAAAGCUGAGAUAUCGUGCCACGACAACAAGGAUGGGACCGUUUCGGUCUCCUAUUUACCAACUGCGCCCGGGGAAUACAAAAUCAGCGUAAAGUUUGGCGACAAACACAUCAAGGGUAGCCCCUACGUAGCUAAAAUUACAGGCGAGGGUCGCAAGAGGAAUCAGAUCUCGGUGGGUUCCUCCAGCGAGGUCCAACUGCCUGGGAAGGUCGCUGAUUCCGACAUAAGGUCGCUGAACGCGUCCAUCACGGCGCCCAGCGGCCUCGAGGAGCCCUGUUUCCUGAAGACGCUGCCCAACGGGAACAUGUGCGUCUCGUUCACCCCCAGAGAGGCCGGCGAGCACACGGUGGCCGUGAAGAAGAUGGGGAAGCACAUACAGAACUCGCCGUUCAAGAUCGACGUGAAGGAUCGCGAGGUCGGGGACGCGAAGAAGGUCAAGGUAUCCGGCGCUGGGUUGAAGGAGGGUAAAACCCACAUGGAGAACAAUUUCUCGAUCGACACGAGGAACGCCGGUUUCGGUGGCCUCUCGUUGUCGAUGGAGGGGCCCAGCAAGGCGGAGAUCCAGUGCAAGGACAACGAGGACGGCUCGUUGAAUAUCUCUUACAAGCCCACGGAGCCCGGUUACUAUAUCAUGAAUCUGAAAUUCGCCGACCAUCACGUGGAAGGAUCGCCCUUCACCGUGAAGGUUACCGGGGAGGGUAGCAAUCGUCAGAGGGAGAAGAUUCAGAGGCAAAGGGAAGCUGUGCCCAUCACUGAGGUUGGCAGUCAGUGCAAGCUGACGUUCAAGAUGCCUGGUAUCACCUCGUUCGAUCUUGCCGCGACUGUCACCUCGCCUGGAGGCGUGACAGAGGACGCGGAGAUCAAGGAAGUCGAGGAUGGCCUGUACGCGGUCGCGUUCGUGCCCAAGGAACUCGGAGUACACACUGUAUCUGUUCGUUACAAGGAGAUGCACAUCCCUGGCUCGCCGUUCCAGUUCACCGUGGGCCCCCUGAGAGACGGUGGCGCGCACAGGGUCCACGCUGGCGGUCCCGGUUUGGAAAGAGGCGAACAGGGCGAACCCUGCGAGUUCAACAUUUGGACCAGAGAAGCUGGGGCUGGAAUCCUCGCCAUUUCCAUCGAGGGACCCAGCAAGGCUCAGAUCGACUUCAAGGAUAGAAAGGAUGGCAGCUGUUACGUCAGUUACGUCGUCUCUGAACCUGGGGAGUAUAGGGUAGGAAUAAAGUUCAACGAUCAACAUAUCCCCGAUUCGCCGCACAAGGUUUACAUAUCCCCGGCGAUGGGCGACGCUCAUAAGCUCGAGGUCGCCCAAUUUCCGGAAUCGGGCGUGCAACCGGACAAGCCAGCCACCUUCCUCGUCCGUAAAAAUGGCGCCAAGGGUGAACUCGACGCGAAGAUCGUAUCGCCCAGUGGCAUAGAGGACGACUGCUUCAUUCAAUCCAUCGAUGGGGACACGUACUCUGUGCGUUUUAUGGCGCGAGAGAACGGCGUGCACAAUAUCCAUAUAAAGUUCAAUGGCGUCCACAUAUCCGGCAGCCCGUACCGUGUUAAAGUGGGUAAAGUGGACGCGGAUCCGGCCGCGUUGCACGCGUACGGAAACGGCCUGAAGGAGAUCAAAACCGGCCAGAAAACGGACUUCAUCAUCGACACUUGCAACGCCGGAAGUGGGGCGUUGAACGUAACCGUGGAUGGUCCGAGCAAAGUCGCGAUGGAUUGCACGGAGGUCGAGGAAGGUUAUAAAGUCAGGUACACUCCGUUGGUACCUGGCGAUUACUAUAUCAGCAUCAAGUACAACGGAUACCACAUCGUGGGCUCGCCUUUCAAGGUCGCGUGCACCGGUACGGAUCUGGCGGAGAGAGGCGCUCAGGAAACAAGCUCGAUCGUUGUCGAAACUGUUCAAAAGAUUUCGAAAGCUAAACAAACUGGACCGAUUCUACCCUUGUUUAAAUCAGACGCUAGCAAAGUGACGAGCAAGGGAAUGGGCCUGAAGAAGGCGUACAUGGGGAAACAGAAUCAGUUUAUAGUAAACGCCGCCGACGCUGGUAACAAUAUACUCUAUGUUGGCAUGUAUGGACCUAAAGGACCGUGUGACGAGGUCGUAGUGAAACACACAGGUCGUAAUAAUUACAGUGUAAGCUAUUGGGUCCGUGAAAGAGGAGAGUACAUAGUUAUUGUAAAAUGGGGCGACGACCAUAUCCCUGGAUCGCCAUACAAAGUUGAAGUAUAAAUACAGGACACGUUUUAUUCCUUCUUUUCACGAUUUUAUAAGCUGCAAAAUUCUUUUUAUUUAUUAACAGUCUCUCAAUGAACGUUUCAUUAAUUUUGUUUAUAUUUCUGUUUCAUUUUAUAUCCUUAUAAAUAUCGUGAGAAGAGGGAACGAAACUUUACGUAAUUACUGCUACGAAUCGUUGGAAGAUUUAUGUUAUCGAUCGUUCGAGCUUGAUUUCGAUAAAUAUCGCUAUAGUAUUUACUGAAUCGAACAACUAAGUGAUCGAACACGCGAAUGAUAAAAGAAGCACAACUGUUAUUUUACUCGAUACGAACCAUUUUUGCCAUUCGUAUUAAAUAAUCAAUUGUUUGUUAAAACGUUGUGUAUCAAAUAGGAACGAAACUUGCGUCCGUCUACGAAACAUCAAACAAAUUAUAAAUAAAAUUUUUCUAUAGAAUAUUGCUACUGUAUACUCAAUUAUGGAAUUCGGGCAAGAAUCUCUGUCGAAUAUUUUUAUAGUUCCGACGAUCUCUCGAAAAAACAGAAAAAAAGAACAGAAAAGCUAUGUGAUCAAAUCCAGUUUUAGAAACGCUUGUAGCGACGUAGCGACAGAAUAUUGAAGCGAGAUAGGAGGAGAGCGUUUUCUCUUAGGCUUGUUUAGUGGUCUCGUCGAUAAAGUGGACACUAGCAAGCCCUGUUUUAGACGCCAGGACAUUCGAUAGUCUCGAGGAGUGUACAUAGAAAUCAGAGACGGAUAUCGUGACUUAUGAGAGAGGUAAAAAAGGUUGGGUGCUCCUUUGGUGGCGCCGCCACACGCUCAUUAAGUGUGCUGUUUGUAAGUCCUUUUACAAA